AUGUUGUUGGCUCUGGCGCUUCUGUACAGAGCAGAGCAGAUAAUCCAUGUUGUUGGCUCUUGCGCUUGUCUGCUGCACAGAGCAGAGCAGACAAUCCAUGUUGUUGGCUCUGGCGCUUGUCUGCUGUACAGAGCAGAGCAGACAAUCCAUGUUGUUGGCUCUGGCGCUUGUCUGCUGUAUCGAGCAGAGCAGACAAUCCAUGUUGUUGGCUCUGGCGCUUGUCUGCUGUACAGAGCAGAGCAGACAAUCCAUGUUGUUGGCUCUGGCGCUUGUCUGCUGCACAGAGCAGAGCAGACAAUCCAUGCUGUUGGCUCUGGCGCUUGUCAGCUGUACAGAGCAGAGCAGACAAUCCAUGUCGUUGGCUCUGGCGCUUGUCAGCUGCAAAGAGCAGAGCAGACAAUCCAUGUCGUUGGCUCUGGCGCUUGUCUGCUGGACAGAGCAGAGCAGACAAUCCAUGUUGUUGGCUCUGGCGCUUGUCUGCUGCACAGAGCAGAGCAGACAAUCCAUGUUGUUGGCUCUGGCGCUUGUCUGCUUCACAGAGCAGAGCAGACAAUCCAUGUUGUUGGCUCUGGCGCUUGUCUGCUGUACAGAGCAGAGCAGACAAUCCAUGUUGUUGGCUCUGGCGCUUGUCUGCUGCACAGAGCAGAGCAGACAAUCCAUGUUGUUAGCUCUGGCGCUUGUCUGCUGCACAGAGCAGAGCAGACAAUCCAUGUUGUUGGCUCUGGCGCUUGUCAGCUGCACAGAGCAGAGCAGACAAUCCAUGUUGUUGGCUCUGGCGCUUGUCAGCUGUACAGAGCAGAGCAGACACUCCAUGUUGUUGGCUCUGGCGCUUGUCUGCUGCACAGAGCAGAGCAGACAAUCCAUGUUGUUGGCUCUUGCGCUUGUCUGCUGUACAGAGCAGAGCAGACAAUCCAUGUUGUUGGCUCUGGCCCUUGUCUGCUGCACAGAGCAGAGCAGGCAAUCCAUGUUGUUGGCUCUGGCGCUUGUCUGCUGCACAGAGCAGAGCAGACAAUCCAUGUUGUUGGCUCUGGCGCUUGUCUGCUGCACAGAGCAGAGCAGACAAUCCAUGUUGUUGGCUCUGGCGCUUGUCUGCUGCACAAAGCAGAGCAGACAAUCCAUGUUGUUGGCUCUGGCGCUUGUCUGCUGCACAGAGCAGGGCAGACAAUCCAUGUCGUUGGCUCUGGCGCUUGUCUGCUGCACAGAGCAGGGCAGACAAUCCAUGUCGUUGGCUCUGGCGCUUGUCUGCUGCACAGAGCAGAGCAGACAAUCCAUGUUGUUGGCUCUGGCGCUUGUCUGCUGCACAGAGCAGAGCAGACAAUCCAUGUCGUUGGCUCUGGCGCUUGUCUGCUGCACAGAGCAGAGCAGACAAUCCAUGUUGUUGGCUCUGGCGCUUGUCUGCUGCACAGAGCAGAGCAGACACUCCAUGUUGUUGGCUCUGGCGCUUGUCAGCUGCACAGAGCAGAGCAGAUAAUCCAUGUUGUUGGCUCUGGCGCUUGUCUGCUGCACAGAGCAGAGCAGACAAUCCAUGUUGUUGGCUCUGGCGCUUGUCUGCUGUACAGAGCAGAGCAGACAAUCCAUGUUGUUGGCUCUGGCGCUUGUCUGCUGCACAGAGCAGAGCAGGCAAUCCAUGUUGUUGGCUCUGGCGCUUGUCUGCUGCACAGAGCAGAGCAGGCAAUCCAUGUUGUUGGCUCUGGCGCUUGUCUGCUGCACAGAGCAGAGCAGACAAUCCAUGUUGUUGGCUUUGGCGCUUGUCUGCUAUACAGAGCAGAGCAGACAAUCCAUGUUGUUGGCUCUGGCGCUUGUCUGCUGUACAGAGCAGAGCAGACAAUCCAUGUUGUUGGCUCUGGCGCUUGUCUGCUGUACAGAGCAGAGCAGACAAUCCAUGUUGUUGGCUCUGGCGCUUGUCUGCUGUAG